UUAAGGACCCUCAGCGAUGAGAAACCACCCUGCUCUGGAGUGGCCGAGCAGCCAGUCAAGAUUCAAAUAAGUCUGCCCCUAUUUGGUCACCGGCCCUGACAGUGCUGGGACAGGCCCUCUUGUCACAUCUGGGAGUUCUUCAGUCCACACACAGGGGAAUUCACCACAACCUCUGAGUCUGGUAACUACAGAUGGAAACAGAAACGUAGUCAGAAAAAUGUGAUUCUUGCGCAGGAAAGUUGGAACAGAGAAGAGUUCAGACGUGGGCGGGAGUGUGUGUUAAAAAAAAAAAAGAAAGAAAGAAAGAAAGAAAGAAAGAAACUAAGAAAGAAAAGGGUGGAAACCCCACCAGCCAAGUCUGCAGAAAAAAAAUAAAUGAAGUCUGCCUAUCUCGGGCCGGAGCCCCUCCCCUCGGCCCGAGCCAGAGGAGCGUGACACAGGUGCCGCUUCCUCCCCGCCGCUGAGGGUCAGGAGCCGGCCGGCGCGACCCUCGCCACCGCUCCGCUGUCACUUCGGCCCCUGGUCCCGCCGGCGCCCCGCACCCGUCGGCGAUGAACAGCGUCAAUGGCACGUCGCGGCCCAGCCUUGAACUCGACCCUGGCCCACUUUUCCCCUCUCUGGGGGCGAACAUCGCCAUCAUUGCAGGCGUGAUCGCUGCUGUAGCCAUCGUCCUGAUCUGCCUCCUCAUCGUCAUGCUACGCUACAUGUACAGACACAAGGGGACGUACCACACCAAUGAGGCCAAGGGCACAGAGUUUGCUGAGAGUGCAGACGCAGCCCUGCAGGACGACCCCUCCCUCCAGGACACAGGUGACAACAGCAGAAAGGAGUACUUCAUCUGAGGAACACCAGGCCUCACCUCCCCCAGUGCCUCCUUCAACUCCAUGAGAGAAGAUGCACCCCACAACCCCACCUGCUAUCUGUACCACCAGACAGAUCAUGAGAGUGCCCACCUCAUCCCAAGAUAUGCACCUGGCCUGGGAACACUAGGUGUUAGCCUGGGGAGAGAGAGGGAAGAAGGAACUGAGCCACAAGCGGCCUCUCCCAGGCACCCAGGGAUGCAGUGGCCACCCAGGAGUUCUGCCUUUGCUCUGCCAGAGGGAGAAAGUCUGGGUUCUCCUGGACAGUGCAGUUUGUUAUCAGCAUGGUGUGAAAGUCCUUGCUGGGCGGGUGGGCCUGAGGGCUGGGGAAGCAAGGAAGUGAGUCAUCUGUAAGCUGACUGGGGAUAAUGGCAUCAAAUGUCAGUCCUUGACAUUUGGGGGGAACAGCAGGUGCCAGAGCUAAAAGGCACCUUUGUCUCCCAUUGAUCCAGCUCUAAAUGAUUGGAAAUAAAUUUGAAAUGUAACCAA